AUGAACUUCUCCCAGUCGCUCUUUGUUCUCUUCACUCUCGUUACAGCGGCUUUUGCUGCAUCGGAUAACUUCACUGAGUCCGGGUCAACCUCAUAUGCGUCCUCUAGCGCUGUCGUGUCAUCGGUCACUUCAAGCGUCGAAAACUCCACCUCCACCUCCACCGGCACUGGCCAAGUUGUUACUGCCACUCGUCUAAUGAACGCGUACAUCAGCGAGUCUCCCUACUUUGUCACCACCACGAAGGUCAUGACCUGGACGCAAAUGCCCAUGUCAUCGGCUACUUCCUCUGCCUCCUCGUCGGAUGCUUGA